AGAGGGGAGCUGGAGCGAGGGGUGAGGAGGAAGAUGCCCAUCUUGCUGUUCCUCAUAGACACGUCCGCCUCUAUGAACCAGCGCACUGACCUGGGCACCUCCUAUCUGGACGUUGCCAAAGGCGCUGUGGAGUUAUUCCUGAAGCUGCGAGCCCGAGACCCGGCCAGUCGCGGAGACAGGUACAUGCUGGUCACCUACGACGAGCCCCCGUACUGCAUCAAGGCUGGUUGGAAGGAAAACCAUGCAACAUUCAUGAGUGAACUGAGACAUCUUCAGGCUUCUGGACUAACGACUCUCGGUCAAGCUCUGAGAUCCUCAUUCGAUUUGUUAAAUCUCAAUAGAUUAAUUUCUGGAAUAGACAAUUAUGGACAGGGUCGAAAUCCAUUUUUUUUAGAACCAUCUAUGUUAAUAACUAUCACAGAUGGAAAUAAGUUAACAAGUACCGCUGGUGUUCAAGAAGAGCUUUAUCUUCCCUUGAAUUCUCCUCUGCCCGGAAGUGAACUAACCAAAGAACCUUUUCGUUGGGAUCAGAGGUUAUUUGCCCUGGUCUUGCGUUUGCCUGGAGUGGCUUCUACUGAACCAGAGCAGCUAGGGAGUGUGCCCACGGAUGAGUGUGCCAUCACACAGAUGUGUGAAGUCACAGGAGGCCGCUCCUAUUGUGUCAGAACGCAAAGAAUGCUGAAUCAAUGUUUAGAAUCUUUAGUUCAGAAAGUUCAGAGUGGUGUCGUCAUUAACUUUGAGAAAACAGGACCAGAUCCACUUCCUGUUGGUGAAGAUGGAUUUCCGGAUACAUCGAGGCCAGGCAAUCCCUGUGCUGCUCAGCCCUGGCACAGUUGUCAUAAGCUCAUUUACGUACGACCCAAUUCUAAAACCGGCGUUCCUGUUGGACACUGGCCAAUUCCAGAAGCGUUUUGGCCAGAUCAGAAUUUACCUUCACUACCUCCACGAACAUCUCAUCCUGUUGUACGGUUCUCCUGUGUAGAUUGUGAGCCAAUGGUAAUAGAUAAACUUCCCUUUGACAAAUAUGAACUUGAACCUUCACCCUUAACUCAGUACAUCUUGGAACGUAAAUCUCCUCAUACCUGCUGGCAGGUAUUUGUUAAUAACAGCGGGAAAUACAAUGAGCUUGGAUAUCCUUUUGGUUAUUUAAAAGCUAGUACGACCUUAACUUGUGUAAACCUCUUUGUGAUGCCUUACAACUACCCCGUUUUACUCCCUCUUUUAGAUGACUUGUUUAAAGUUCACAAGCUUAAGCCAAAUCUGAAGUGGCGACAGGCUUUUGACAGCUACUUAAAAACUCUGCCUCCAUACUUCUUAUUACCAUUAAAGAAAGCACUAAGGAUGAUGGGAGCUCCAAAUCUGAUAUCAGAUAAUUUAGAUUGUGGACUUAGUUACAGUGUUAUCUCUUACCUUAAAAAACUCAGCCAACAGACUAAACUAGAGUCCGAACGAAUACUUGCUUCAGUAGGAAAGAAACCUCCCCAGGAAACUGGAAUGAAAGUGAGCAAUCAUUCUGGAGGUGGACUGGCUUUGACUCAUAGUCCAAAUGUCCGAAAGCUGCUGAAUGAAAUCACAGGCGACACUGCCCUGAGACUGGCAGAACUGAGUCCCAAAGAUUUUGCUGGCUUCCAAAUCGGACUCUUAAACAAGGAUUUGAAACCUCAGACAUAUAGAAAUGCUUAUGAUAUUCCACGUAGUGGUCUUUUAGACCAGUUAACCAGAAUGAGAUCCAAUCUGCUAAAAACUCGCAAGUUUAUUGUUGGCCAAGAUGAAGAUUCACUUCAUAGUGUUCCCGUUGCACAAAUGGGCAACUAUCAGGAAUAUCUGAAGGCGUUGCCUUCUCCACUUCGAGAGAUUGAUCCAGACCAACCCAAAAGACUUCAUACGUUUGGCAAUCCAUUUAAACAAGAUAAGAAGGGAAUGAUGAUUGAUGAAGCAGAUGAGUUUGUAGCAGGGCCUCAGAACAAAGCGAAACGUCCUGGAGAACCCAACAGCCCUGUAUCAUCUAAGAGAAGGCGGGGCAUGUCUCUGCUAUUGAGGAAAACCCAAGCACCACCUACUGUAACGAACCACGUGGGCAGAAAGGGAUCGCUCUCAACAACGUGUUUCCCAUCCUAUCCAAACCUCAUAAAACCAACAGAUGCUGCUGCCAUUCACGAUUUCCAUGAGGAGGAGACGGAAAAUGGUCCAACCGUUCCUGAUGGCCUAUCAAAAUCUGUCCCUCCAAAGCCUAUGAAUGUGGCAAUCGAUGGCAUUCCCCCCAACAAGUCAGAUGUUCCAGCUGAUGACUUCACUCUUCUCAGGAAGGAUGGCCUGAUUCACAAACCUGGUACUAAUUCACUUGUAGGCGGCACUGUAAAUUGUAAUCUCUCAAAAGACGGCCCCCAAGUCGCAGCUAUGCCUGCUUUGAGACCGGGGCCAAAUCCAUUCCAAAUAACUCCUGCUAUGGCACAGGGAAUCAAUGCGGAUAUAAAACACCAGUUAAUGAAGGAAGUUCGGAAGUUUGGACGAAAAUAUGAAAGAAUUUUCACUUUGCUUGAAGACGUUCAAGGACCUCUGGAAGUCAAGAAACAGUUUGUUGAAUUUACCAUCAAGGAAGCAGCAAGGUUUAAAAGACGCGUUUUAAUUCAGUACCUUGAAAAAGUACUCGAAAAAAUUAACUCCCACUACCUUCUCCACAAAGUUCACCGCAUCAACAACAGAUCAGCAUGUUAUCGCAAAGAUCAGUGAGGAUCAAGGACCAGUCUUGUGUGCUCUCGAGCGGAACCACACGUUGCUGAAACUUCCCAGAGUGUGGCAGUCAAGGAAAUGGUCGUCUGUGCAAAGACACUGAAGCUUUUUUUGUUUUAUGAUUCGACGUCAGUUAAAGUUAGGUUUUUGCCCAAAGACUUUUCUUGUGAGGCGUUGGCUUGGUUUCCAUUUAAGGAGGGAGAUGUCAAGUCAGUAAGCAUUGUUGCCAUGACCAAAGUGAUAAGGGUUACUUCAUUAGAACUUUGCCCCUCUGCACAUUCCCAGAGUGACUAGGGGCCACUUGUCAGGGGAGUACUACUUGGUGCUCACACGAUGUCCUUCAGAAGGAAUGGGUGCACAGAUUCCAACUGGUAACCUUGUGAAUGCCAAACAAAGUUUUCAACAAUUCCUACUUGUGCCUUUGAACCCACGAAAGAUUCAGGAUAGUUUGAAUUGAAGUGUAAAGAAGCUGCUAUGGGGGUUUUGUUAGACAAGAAGGGCAUUCCUGUAACUUAUUUCUCUGUGGGAGGGGGCAGGGGGACUCACAAAACAAUCUACCUCCAACUCCCUUCUAUUUUGAUGAGAGACAUUAUGAAGUGCACUUGCGGCUGUUCGAAGCCCUGCCACCUGGCCUUUUUGCAUGUAAAAAGGAUGGAAAGUCUUCAGGCAGACUUGCACAUUUUGUGCUUUGGAAGCACUGAAAGAAAAACGAAUGUGUAUUUUUUUCCUUUGAUGUUUAUACAAAGCUUUAUA